GCACCUCUGUCGUGCGCGCACCCCGAAUAGCCUUGGCUGUGUUGGAAGGUGCUGGCCAGAUGCUCGUCCACCCCACGUUUAUACCUUCCUACUACGGUCAGUGCGAAGCAUAAGGUAGGUACCUACGCAGCAGGCACGAGUCACGCUGGCGAUACGCCCAUAUGCCCAUACACCCAUUUACAAUUCACCCACCAUCUAAAGUCCACUACAACAUCCACAACAGCAACAACUACAACCGGUCAACAAGCCACCACCACCUCAGACGGAGGACAACUCCUCGUAUGCGCUGUGCCUCCACCGUGGGUCAUGGCUGCGCGCGUGUGCUACUCCAUCAGAGACCGGCUCUGCAAGCACGCGAAUCUGCACCUCUUUCGAGAUCUUCCCUGCCGAUGGAUGCUGGUUCGCGUCACUGUGCCACCGUGCCACCUCGCCAUCUCGCCACCGUAUCACAAGGGCGGCUGCCGUGCCUUGCGCUGCCGUGCCUUGCGCUGCUGGUGCCGCGUGUUUGUAAGUGCUUGGUCGGCUCAGUCCCACCCUUGCGUUUGUGGCUGAACCGUCCGUCGGGUGGAUUAUUUUUUGGGGGCGAAUGCAUCAUGUAUGACUUUGAUGCAUGCGUGCAUUGGUGUUGAACAGUUGGUCGGUUCGCUCGCUUUGACACGCCAAUGGCAUGCUAAUUGGAGAGGAAUAGGACUCGGUGCACUGCCAGCUUCGGGUCCGUCGCUACCUGCUUCCUUUUUGCGUCAAUGGCAUUGAUGGGCAGUACGAGGGCAUCAAAGUCACC